AUGAUCAAAGGGGAAACUAAGCAGGUCGAGUUCACGAUGAAGAGAAGAGGUAAGCAGUACGUCCUGAAGAUUGGAGACGUGAUUGCGUUCAGAAAAGGAUACGGUCCGAAGCUUUGCGCAAUUGGACGGGUCACGUCAGCUGCGGUCUCGGAAGGAGUAGUGCACGUUCACAAGUAUGCGCCGGAGAUCGGCGGACUGCGUGUGAAGUGGUGCCUUCUGUACUUGGACCAGCAGGGGCAAGAAUCUCUGGCCCCGGAAGGAGGACGUCCUUGCAUAGAGGAAGUGAAGAUGAGCCUGCUCAUCACGAAGGUUGAGCUGAGCAGGGAUGGAAUCCUGCAAGCUUCAUCUGCCAGGAAGCUUGACAAAGGAGGGUACCGCCUUGAAGAGCGGCCUCCGGCCCAGAGGGACCCGGAAAGGCGAGGGGAGCAUGAGUACUCUGAGCCCCUGGACGACCUGGUCGGGAUCCUCAAAGGCGGAAAAACAGAAAGUGGCGUGGGAGUGUUCGCCGCUGGGCCUUCGGAUGGCUUCGCGGAAGAACAGAAAGCUGUCCUUGAAUACCUUCGGAAUGAAGGUGUGCCCCAGCACGGAGUUGACUUCUUGGAGGUUUUCGCCGGACACGGUGGGCUCACUAAGGCCGCUAGGCGCCGUGGUCUGUUGGUUGGAGAACCCGUUGACCGGCUGUAUAGAAGCUACGGUCGGGAUUGGGAUCUGCGAAAGAACUCGGACCGGGCGCUCCUUGCUUGGUUGAUCAGCAAGGUGAUGAAACCGAAAGUCCUCCAUGUGGGGGCGCCGUGUGAAAAGCUGAGCCGAUUGGGCGAGCAGACCCCCUCGAGUGAGGAUUUGGCUCUAGCAGAGUUUUCAUGUGACCUGCUUAGCCACCAGGAGAAAGCGAACGGCAUCGGAACCCUUGAGAACCCUGCCGGGAGUGCCGGCUCGGAAGAGGGCGCGGAGCCGCGGUUGCAUGCCAACGCGGCCGCUGCCUCUCCCGAGGCGGGAGCAUCAGAAGCUCCGCCCGCGAAGAAGGCGGGAGCAAUUGAGGUGAGGCCAAUUGCUCCGCCUGCCAGUACGGCCACGGCAACUGCCUCUGGCUCUGCCGCGGUUCCGGAAGAAGAUGAUGAAAUUGCUCCGCCGCCGUUGCCGGCACCGGCGGAACCGCCGACCGGAUAUGUGUCUCUCGACGACGAGGAGUCCGUUGAGAUCGAGGCUGAAGAGCAGGAGCCGAUCAAGGAGUCGGUCCGGGCCAGUGGAACCGGUGAGAGCUGUGGUGAAACCGAAGGCCACUCCGCCAUGGAGGAGACCGGGAGGACGAAGAUGAUGACAUUCGGCCACAUCCUGAGUCGGCCGGCGCGAGCGGCCGAGGACCAGCAGGUGAACAUGUUCGGAGCACCGAGAGGCGGCAUCGAGAGUCCGCGCGGGCCGAAGCUUUGGAAGAGCUUGCUGCAGGACAGCUCGGAUGAUGUCGUGACAGAGGAUGAGGAUGCAUUUCGCCAGUUCAGUCGCAAGCCCAAAAAGAGGGGCGGGCGACGGCAUCCUGGCAAAGGCGACCGCAAGAAGCGCAGCAGAAAGAAAGUGCGGAGGCAGCGAUGGGCCGACCAGCCGCUGACCGGCGGUGUGGCGUCGACGAUAGGCGAGGAUCGGGCUGGGGGCGCCGGAGAAACCCUCCAGGCGGUCCCCAUUCUUGAUGAAGUGACCAGUCCGGGAUUUUCGCUAAGUGCGGAGCGGGAUGACGCUCGCGGGCAGAGUUCAGGUUUGGUCAGGGACGAUUUCUCGAGUCCGUUGGCAACUUCGGAGGGAGCCGUGUUGUAUUUGCAACAGGUGCUCAACGACAUUCGUAAGGAAUCGAAACCCCCGGGAUCGUUGCGAUCUGACCACCUUUCCAGGCUUAACGCGGCUGUGUUCAAUCUUUCCGGGCGAGGCGCUGUGGAUAGCGCUUUGGCGCUCAAGGUCUUCCAGACCGUGGAUAAGAUUCACACUGCAUACAACGCGGAGAAGUAUGACAACUCGGAUUCUGCCUUCUUCAGUAACUAUUUGGCCUUGCUGGGCACCAUGCAGAAUCAGGUCUUCUUCAGCCAGAAGCAGAAUGAGAAGUUUGUGAGCUGGAUUAAGCUAGCCGUCGAUGGGAGCGGCAAGCUGGUUCACUUGCUAGACAAGGCGCUGGAGACUGAGAAUGAGAAGCUGCGACUGCAACUUUCCAGGCUGGAAAGAUCGGAUGAGCCGAGCCGAAGCAGUACUGAGCCCAGGUCCAGGGCCGGAUGA